AUGUUUGGUAAAGUGAAAGGGAAUAGGAGUGGAAAUUAGCAAAGUAUUAGCAAAAAGAAUAAGAAAGAAUUGAAAGCACAGAGAAAAUGGGAAUAAGAUGAAGAACGCAUAAAAGGAUCGAAAUUUAGAUUAUUGAAUGAAUAUAUGUAUACUGUAAAUAGCGAGGAAGCCUAGAAGCAUUUUAAGAACCAUCCUGAGGAAUUCAAGAUUUAUCACACAGGUUAUGCCUAAUAAAUAGAGAAGUGGCCAGAAAGUCCUGUUGGGAAUAUAAUCAAAUUAUUGACAGAGAGCGAGUAAUUUCAGAAUAAAAAAUUAGUUGUUUGUGAUUUGGGUUGCGGUUAGGGAGAGAUUCAGGAAUAUUUUCAGAAAGAUAAGAGAUUGAGUAAAUUGAUAACUGUGAAAAGUUUUGAUUUAGUGGCAAUCAAACCAUAUAUAAUUGAGACUGAUAUUAGCAAUUUGCCUAUGGAUGAUUGUAGUUGUGAUGCGGCAAUUUUUUCAUUGUCUUUGAUGGGAAUAAAUUAUUUGGAUUAUUUGGGGGAAGCUUUUAGAGUAUUAAAGAAGAAUGGUCAUUUAAUAAUAGCUGAAGUGAAAAGUAGAAUGAAUACAAUAGAUAAUUUUGUAAAUUUAGUUACUGGAAUGGGAAUGAAAAUAUUGAAGAGAGAUGAGCACAAUAGUCAUUUCGUAUUGUUUGUAUUUGAGAAGAUAAUGGAUGUUUGUCAAUUCAAUGGUCCUUUGAAUUAGAAACGAGUUUAUCAGAUAUUGGGUCAAAAGGAUCCAAAUUUGAAGGAUUGGCAAUCAUUGGGGUAGUAGAUAUUGCAGCCAUGUGUUUAUAAGAAGAGAUGA